AUGUCUCUUGACUCAUUUGAAAUAAUCAAAUCGCUUGGAGAAGGAGCUUACUCAACUGUGUCUCUCGUCAAGCGCAAGGAUGAUGGCCAAAUGUAUGCUCUUAAAAAAGUCAAGCUUGGACCUUUGAAGCCAAAAGAAAAAAGAAAUGCACUUACAGAAGUCAGGAUUUUGACGGAGGAAAAAACAUUGGAAAUUUUUAUGGAAAAUAAUUCCCAUUUCAUAGAAAAAAGAUUAUUAUAAUUUAUUUGGGGCUUUUUCACAAGAGCCGAUUUUGGCAAGUAUUGCGCAUCCCAAUGUGAUUUCUUAUAAAGAAGCGUUCAUUGAUGAAGAAAGUGAGUCACUUUGCCUUGUCAUGGAAUAUGCAGACUCAGGCGAUUUAUAUCAGCGGAUUUGUUACUACCAAAAAAAAGGCCGUUAUAUGAGCGAAAACUUUGUGUGGAAUGUGCUUAUACAGCUUCUGAGAGGUCUUAAAGUGCUACAUGAGCUAGAUGUGCUGCAUAGAGACUUGAAAUCAGCUAAUGUGUUUUUAAAUAAAGAUGGAACGGUCAAGCUAGGAGACAUGAAUGUAUCAAAGGUGGCAAAGCAAGGACUGCUGUAUACACAGACAGGGACUCCUUAUUAUGCGAGUCCGGAGGUAUGAAAAGAUAAGCCUUAUGAUUAUAAAAGUGAUAUGUGAUCUCUUGGUUGUGUAGUCUAUGAAGCAGCUACAUUAAAUCCACCUUUUAAAGCAGAAGAUAUGAAUGGCUUGUUCCAGAAAGUAAUAAAAGGGGAAUAUCCUCCUAUCCCAAGAAUGUUUUCUAAAGAGCUUACUCCUUAUAUUAGUAAGGUAAAAAUUGUUUAAUAAAUAAUAAAUUCGCAUUUAAGCAGCUGGUAUCUGAAACAUAAAUUUUAUAAAUAGCAAUAUUUCCCUUUAAAUAAAAAUUAUAAAAAUUAUUGUUUGCAAGCCAAAAAAUUUUGAUCUGCAGCAAAGGAGUGGUAAAGUUAGUAAAGUUAUAGGACAAUUAUUGCAGGUUGAGCCUUCGGCUCGACCAAGUUGUGAACAGCUACUUAAAAGCAGCAUUAUAAAGAAACACUCAGGAAAAUAUGAAGAAAGUCCUGAAGAGUCCCAAGAGAAUUCUUUGAUUGAUGCAAUCAAAGUUUCAGAUAACAUAAAAAUUAUUUCAAGCAGUUUACCAAAACCAAAUUAUGGAGAUAAUAGAUCUGAACCUACCCCAGAAAGACCCUCUAAAAAAUCCACGUGAAAAAUUAACAGUUUUUCGCAUCGAUCUAUAAAAAAUGAAGAAAAAAGAUCGCCAAGUAAGAUAUCUAUUGAAGUACUAAAAGAAAGUUAUGGAGCUCUAAAACUACCUAAAAUAAAAUACCCAGUUAAAACGAAGAUGAAUCCAGUCAAAAUUAGAAAUUCAAAAGGAAAUAUCCUGCAUUUAAUUGAAUUUUUCAAUAUUUUUUUUAAAGCUCAAUUUAAAGUAAUCUUAAUAAAACAAGGCUUAUAUUUAGUACUAGAAGUCUUCCACUCCAAUAUGCAGUCCAAAUGGAACGACUUCAAAGGAUAAAAGAAGUUUAUCUAGCCAGAAGUGUCCCAGUCAGCUUAUCACCUGUCCGAAGAGCAGCACCUAUAAAGCCACCAAGCAAGGCUCAACUGUGAACUUAA